AUGCAACGCCAGAGGUUCCAAGACCGUCAAUCCAAAGAUGACACGCCUGUAGAAACCAUAUAUUGCACGUGCAUGUGGAGGAAACCCCAAACGCGCAAGAACAAAACUUGGGAUGGCGAUGGAAUAUUGUACAUUCGGGGCGCGAGUUGCGUCUUGAAAUGUCGCGAAACAGGCCAAGAGCUCUCUUCUGGUUCCUUGGCGUCGGGAUGGGUAGCAGAGCCUGGAAAAGAAUUCUCCGUCGGUGGAAAAGAUAUUGAGAUCGACGAAGUCUUGACUCGAGAGCAAAUCGAACGUGAACUCAGCUCGACUGCUGCAGAACCUACUAGACCGCUGGAGGCCAUUGUCACCUACCCAAAACCCGCAAAAACAUUCAAACCUCCAAUGAUGACCGCCUCCCGGCCGCGGAAUACUCCCACCGCAAGCAUGUACCUGCAGAAAAUCGCAACAAAGCCUUUGGUUAAUCGGCCCUUCUGUCCCCCUUCUCGAGCAGAGACCAGCACACAGGCAGAAGACAACCAAGAGACCGAACCUACAGAAAAUCUAGCGGUGUCCUCUACGUACCUAGCGAGUAAGAAGCGGCGUCGGUCUGACACCAAUCUUACUGAAGCCCAACCCAUAACAAAUACCGAUCAACUCGAGUUGAAGGACCAUACUGGACCUUUGUAUUUUGUGUGUCUCUACCGCAAGAUGCAAGGUAUGCAUUCAAGCAAAACCAGUACUUGGGGGGACGACGGCUUUCUGGUCUUAUACCCUUCCUCAUCCGGCUGCAUGGCUGUCUUGAAGGACUCGGUCAAAGGCAAGACACUUGGGAGUAUGAUGCUUGGAUUGCAGGCGGAAGUCCGAUCCGGUGUGCAGCUCAAGGUUGGAGGUAGACAGCUGGAAAUUCAAAGACAGGCCGAUGCGGGCGAGAUCGAAUUUCUAGAGUCUGGCCAAACUCGCGAGGACGAAUCUGGCUGGAGCGACAUUGUCAAGAAAGAUGAUACCGUCUCACCUUUCAUCACCCCGUUGCAUUCAACAGGAAAUUCUCUCCCUAAGAAGACUUUCAAGCCACGAUUUGAUGUGACCAAACGUACCUGGAGCAGUAGUGCUUCCAAGACUGAUGCUGGCUGGUUGAAUAGACUAAAUCCCAAAGAUAUCCCAGUCGUUGAUGUGGUAGUUGACCCGCUCAUAUCGCGCUUUCUACGCCCUCAUCAAGUCGACGGUGUGAAGUUCAUGUACGAGUGCACAAUGGGUAUGCGUGGACACGAAGCUCAAGGAUGUAUAUUGGCAGACGAGAUGGGAUUGGGAAAAAGUAUACAAGCUAUCGCGUUAUUAUGGACUUUGCUACGUCAAAAUCCCCUCGGGGGACAAGGGCCCGUGAUACAACGAGCGAUGAUAGUGUGUCCGGUGACUCUUGUCAAGGUCUGUCUUUGA